UAUAGCCCAGUGCUUCUCGUUCAAGUUACUACUGGCCCUGGAGACUCGAUUUCAGGGCCAGCAUAGGUCGCAAUCUGUGGAAAUCUCUGUCGCAAUUCUCGAUCUACGGCGUAGAAGAAUAGAUCCUGAUUCAAUCGCAAGACAUAACUAAUCUCAAUUCUCUCUGUUUCGGUUUCCGAUAACCAAUUUUCACUGUGGCACAUAUAUCUCUGUUCCUGACUGGCGAUUGUGUUUACUAUCUCGUCCUUUCCUCUGUGUUCUCCAAAGAUCAAAAAUGGCAACCCCAUCUUCCAAACCCAACCCAGGGGCAACACCCACCCACCUAACCUCACCUCAUCCUUCCUCUGUACCUAUGGGUCGGCCUUUGUCACAUAAAUCACCCUCAAUGAAAACCCCAUCUGCUUCGGGGCAUGCUCAUGGUCAUCACCAAAGCGCGUCUCAUCAGAACGCAACCCCUUUGGCUGCUGCAACUUCAGCGGAUGACCCAGUGACUUUCAGCUCUCCUUCAGCGCUGUUAGCGCUGGGCGGCUAUACUGGUAUUAGUCCGUCACCUGCAGCGCAGGACGCUCUCAUCGGCUCUCAUAUGCAUGAGAAUGAUAUCCAUGCAUUAGGGAUGCAGGGAUUAGGGCUUGGAGGAGCACGAGACAAUGACGAGGAGCGAAGGAAACAUAUCGAAGAAGUGGUUCAGCUACUUCGAACGCGCGUUGCAGGUCGAGGUGUGUGCAGGGAAGGCAUCGAGAGAAUUGGUCAGCUGGCGGGAUUCGAAUCGAUAUGGCAGGACAAUAAUCUUAGCAUUGCUGGCAAUUCAGUCGACCUGGAAAUCGAGUUUUACCCAGGCCAAGACAGCGUGAAAGACGUGAGCCUUUCGUACGCCACUCCAGAAGCCCAGGAAAGUGUGAGGCGAGAUGAAGCUACGGCUGUCUUGAAGCGCGAUCUCAUGCAGUCGGAUGAAGAACGGCAACAGGGGAUCUGGAAACGAUUGGACGGUUUCUAUGGAAAUUUGGAGCGGCUCGCUAGGCUGGAUAGACUCAGCCAAGAAGUAAACUGCUUCGAAGCGACCGAGGCGCUCUAUGAAAGUCUUAGAACGAUAUGGGAAGAAGAAAAGAAACAUCCAAGGUGGACGCCUACUUACGAGCACCUUUGUAAGGGCUGGGUUGGCCGCCCUUCGUUGCACAAAGGAAGACGUUUCGGAUUGGGUUUGGAAUAUUGGGUCGAGCAACAUCGAGCGUUGGACGCGAAGCAGAGGAAGAGAUCCCAAGAUAGUAUGGUUGUUGACCAGGUCGGUGGACAAGAGAUGGACGAGCAACCAAUUUCGGAGGACGCCAUUUGGAGUGUUACAAUUGAAUGCGAAGAAGGCUAUCCGUCACUUCGAGUCUCGAAAGACUGGGUUGGCUCUGACGUACUGACAUCCGUGGAUACCGGUGGCAGAGAGUCAACGGAUUCCCAAGCCGAGUCCUCGAUCAUGCUAGUCAACUGGGCUGAACCACCUCCUACUUUGACGUCGUCGGCUGCUGCCAACGCAGACUCCAUGGCGUUGGAUUCGGGCAUGCUUGGCUCACAGACUCCAAACCGGAGGUUCGUGGCGAAGCUGGAGCCGGCUGUCAACGUUCCCAUCCUGGCAGCCUCUGAUAUAUACAGGCAUUUGGGGCUUCAGUUGCCUCAGGAGUUCAAAAUGGUUACGUAUGAUGCGCUCUUGUUGCCAUCCUGGACGGCUUCAUCGGAGGCUAGCACCUCGGACGAGGUGCAUCGACCGGGCGGCAAGAGACUGAGAAAAAGCGUUGUUACAUUUGAUUCAGAGGGCAAGCAAGUGAAUAAACAGCAUUCCUACGCUUUUCAAGCCUUUGAGACCGUCGCUGGCCGAACAUUGCGAGAUCUUCCCUUUUCGCAUCCCCGCCAACUUGCUGAUAUUUUCCCCAUACUUCGCCAGUAUGCACUGCUAGAAAGUCUCCUCCGUAAUGUAUUCUCUCGCUCGGGGGAAAACAAUGUCAGAGCUCCAGAUGCAAAGAUUACGAGGGCAGCGGUUUCUUCCGACCAUCCUUCGGGAUCGUUGUUGUCUGGGACACACGUAUCAGUCUUGACAAACCACGACCCUACAGAAGACAGGCUGGGUUCUCUUCUAAGAGAUUUCGGUGAGAACAGAGCGGAGGACAGCAUGGAUAUAACGGUUGAUGAGGAUCCGAGUAAAGAGACGGACAAUCUCAAAGUUGACAUUACAUUACGGACUCAGAUUGGACAAGCGCCCGUGAUCAUGCUUCUCUUUCCGAUCGAGCGAGAGCCAGGAAAGGGCUCAGCGUUAGCUUCCGGAGGCAACGACGUGCGGAUGGGUUCGCUGAACAUCGAAAUUGGGCUCAAUGGACGUGUCUCGGUCAACCAGAUCCAGGGCCUAUGGGACGUCGAGGAAGCGCAAGACAGCAGUGCUCCGAGGCCGGAAGUCCAGGAGUUGCAGAAGAAGCUGGCAAAAGUCUUGGAGACGUCGGAAGAUCUGGGCAUCCUGGUGGAAUGGAUCCUCCGCUGGAUGCGGCGGCGGAGAGACCGUGCAUAAGGUGAACGUUCGGUCGAGCUUAUGCAGGUGCGUUCUACAGUCUUGCAUGAAUAUGCUCCACCUUGAGAGCUACAGAACCUCGUUCUUCAGGAGUAUAUAAGCAAGGGAGAUCUCCCGGUCCGCGCCGGAUCCUUUAUCCAAACACGGUGGAUCGCCGCUGGGAUCGAUCAACGGCCCAGCGUCUGCAGCCAGUCAGGAGUGUCCGAUAACAAGAGCCCCAGAGCAACUAUUCUAGAGGGCACCGAAUGGAGACGAUGGACAUGCGUCCGGGGUCAUUAUAAAACGUGGCUAAUUUCGUCACUGUGACAUUG